AUGGCAAAGCAAGGUGUAGACGUUGCAGUGGCGCUUGUCCUCGUUGCCUUCGCAGCAUUUCCAUCAGUGCACUCCAUCGGCGUCUGCAACGGCGUGCUGGGCAACGACCUGCCGGCGCCGAGCGACGUCGUGAAGCUCUACCAAUCCAAGGGCAUCAACGCCAUGAGGAUCUACGAGCCGGAGGGCAACGUCCUCAAGGCGCUCAGCGGCACGGGCAUCGCCGUCCUCAUGGACGUCGGCAAGGGCUCGCUACCCAGCCUCGCCUCCAGCAGCUCCGCUGCGGCCGCCUGGGUAAAGGCCAACGUCUCCUCCUUUCCGGGCGUCUCGUUCCGCUACAUCGCCGUCGGCAACGAGGCCAUCGACAGCGCCGGCCAGAAGACCAUCCUCCCGGCCAUGAGGAACGUACAACGGGCGAUCAUGGCCGCCGGCCUCGGCGGCAGCGUCAAGGUGUCGACUUCUGUACGGUUCGACGUGGUCACCAACACCUUCCCGCCCUCCAACGGUGUGUUCACGGACCAAUCAUUCAUGGGGCCUAUCCUUGAGUUCCUGGCGAGCACCGGCGCACCGCUGCUGGUCAACGUCUACCCCUACUUCGCCUACGAGAAGGACCCGCAGAACAUCCAGCUCAACUUCGCUACCUUCGUGCCAGGCAGCACCACCGUGAACGACAAGGGGCUGACAUACACGAACCUGUUCGACGCCAUGGUCGACUCCAUCUACGCCGCGCUGGAGAAAGCCGGCAGACCCGGGGUUAAGGGGGUCAUAUCCGAGAGCGGGUGGCCGUCGGACGAAGGUUUCGGGGCGACGGCGCAGAACGCUCGGGCGUAUAACCAGGGGUUGAUCAACCACGUCGGCAACGGCACGCCCAAACGGCCCGGGCCGUUGGAGACGUACAUUUUCGCCAUGUUCAACGAGAAUAAGAAGGACGGGGAGAAGAGCGAGAAGCACUUUGGGCUGUUCAAUCCGGACAUGUCGCCGGCCUACUCAAUUACUUUCUGA